AUGCUGAAGUUGAGAUGUUGGCUCAACGGAAGUAUCUGGAAAUUCAAAGGACCCGUGCUGGCCAUGCUUCUGGCAAACCUUGCGGUCUUUGCUGUUGUUCUGCGCGUGAGCUUUGGCCGAAUUGGACGCAGGAAUUAUGCGCAGACCACCAGGAAAGGACUAAAAGCAAUUUUCGCUUUGCUUCCAUUGCUGGGUGUGACGUUUUUGCUUGGCUUCUUUGUUGAUUUUCACGUUACUGUGGAAUAUGCCUUUGUUUUAUUGAAUUCCAUCCAGGGUGUGCUGUUCUUUAUCUGUCACUGUGCAUUUGAUGAUCAGUCACCAGAUCUUGAGCGAAUCUGA